ACUUGGCCUAGCAAAAGUCAGUUUUUGGGUAACUUUCGAAAGUAAUAAAAAAAUUUCAAAUUUUGUUGUGAUAGUAGGAGGAGAAAGCAAGAUGUCGAGCCUAAAGCUGGACAGCAAGGUGUUGCAGAACCUGAAGGACGUGGCCAACAAGCUGCGGAUCCACUCGAUCACGUCGACGCAGGCGGCCAAGUCGGGUCACCCGACGUCCUGUGCCUCCUUGGCGGAGAUAAUGACGGUGCUGUUCUUCCAGCAGAUGCGGCUCAACCUGAAGCACCCCCGCGAUCCCUCCAGCGACCGGUUGAUCCUGUCCAAGGGACACGCCGCCCCCAUCCUGUACGCAGCCUGGGCGGAGGCGGGCCUCUUUCCGGUGGAGGAGCUGCGCAAUCUGCGGAAGGUGGACAGCGACCUGGAGGGCCAUCCAACGCCGCGGCUGAACUUCAUCGACGUUGGCACUGGCUCCCUGGGACAGGGCAUCUCUGUGGCCGCCGGAAUGGCCUAUGUGGGCAAGUACCUGGACAAGGCGGACUAUCGCACUUACGUUAUCCUCGGCGAUGGCGAAUCCGCCGAGGGAGCUGUCUGGGAAUCACUGCAUUUUGCUGGCCACUACUGUCUGGACAAUCUGUGCGUGAUCUUCGACAUGAACAAGUGGUUCUGUUCGGAAGUUAACCUCGAAAUCGAGGUUUACCGGGAGAGGCUGAACGCCUUCGGCUUCAAUGCCCUGGUUUUAAAUGGCCACGACAUCGACGAGCUGGUCAAGGCCCUUCAAAACGCGGCCAGCACGAAGGGCAAGCCAACCGCCCUUUUGGCGAGGACCGUCAAGGGAAAGGACUUUCUGGGGGUCGAGGGGAUCGACGAAAUGCACGGACAGCCGCUGGGAAAAAAAGCCGAAGCAGCCAUCAAGAAUCUACAGAUGAAGAUCGCCAAUCCCAACGUGCAACUGAUGCCCAAGAAAAUCGGAAAAUGCGGCCACGCCGCCGAAGUGAACAUCAGCAACUUGAUGCUGUGCACUCCGCCCAAUUAUCGGCUGGGCGACUCGGUGUCCACUCGGUUGGCCUACGGUACCGCUCUGGCCAAAAUCGCGGCGGACAAUCCACGGGUGAUUGCCCUGGAUGGCGAUACGAAAAACUCCACUUAUGCGGACAAGAUGAGGAAUGCGUUUCCCGAGCGGUUCAUUGAGUGCUUCGUUGCCCAGCAAAGUUUGGUGGGCGUGGCAGUGGGCGCCGCCUGUCGCCGUCGCACGGUGGCCUUCGUCUCGACCUACGCCGCCUUUUUCACCCGGGCCUUCGACCAGAUCCGUAUGGGAGCCAUAUCGCACACCAAUGUCAACUUCGCGGGGUCCCACUGUGGUGUGAGCGUCGGGGAGGACGGACCCUCGCAGAUGGGACUGGAGGACAUAGCCAUGUUCCGCAGCAUUCCCGGGAGCACGGUCUUCUAUCCCACGGAUGCCGUGAGUGCGGAGAGGGCGGUGGAACUGGCGGCCAAUACGAAGGGAGUGUGCUUCAUCCGCACCACGUAUCCGAACACCACUGUGAUCUACAACAACGACGAGGUGUUCGCCGUGGGUUUGGCCAAGGUGAUUCGCCAGAAGCCGUCGGACGAGGUACUCCUAAUUGGAGCCGGGGUCACGCUGUACGAGUGCUUGGCCGCCGCAGAGCGAUUGGAGGAGGACUGCAUCACGGCGCGGGUCAUCGAUCCGUUCACAGUGAAGCCCCUCGAUGUGGGCCUAAUCGUGAAGCACGGAAAACUGUGCCGCGGCAGGAUCGUCGUCGUGGAGGAUCACUACCAGCAGGGCGGAUUGGGCGAGGCGGUGCUGAGUGCCGUGGCCGACAAUCGGAACUUCGUGGUGAAGCACCUCUAUGUGCUCACUGUACCGCGAUCGGGUCCACCUGCCGUUUUGCUGGACAUGUUCGGCAUCUCCUCGAGAAACAUCUACAAGGCGUGUCUCGCCAUUAUGAAGAAGUGACAUUGGUGGAACUUCAAUCAUCUAACCGAAGUGCCGAACUGUAAGUUACCCUGGUGCAUCCUCACGAGACUUUUAACCAUUGAGAAACGUGGAUUCGAGCAUGAAAAUUAUGACAUUGUGUCGACUGUACCGCCAUUGUUUUUAUAUCGAUUUGGUUGAGAGUCUGAGUCAGUUAGGAUUUCAAAGCUUAUUUUUUUUAUGAAAUAAAUUUACGGACCAUAAAAUGGAAAA